AGCCGCGAAAUUCACCGCUGUGAGAUCUGCCCUCAGAGCCUCCCCGCGCACCCCCGCGGCCAUUACGGCGUCCUGCUGCGGCGAUGUGGAGAGCAGCCCGAAAGUGUUACGGCACGGGGGUCCUGAGUCCUGCCAUAAGGCGAGCGGGCUGCCCGUGUUUUACAGCUCUAAAACGAACAUCCGAGCAAACCUACAACAGUAACCGCGCCCCAGCAAAGCAAACGCACCUUUGGACGCCCUGAGGCGAGCUCUGGUUCCCACACGUUUUGCAUGGCUGCUCGUCUCCCCAUCCUUCAAUUCAUUCCUAUACAUUACUUAUAAAGAAACACAAAUGCUUCCUUCCGUGGUUUAAUACCUCCUGAAAGAAAUCCUACACGUAAUCCACGUGUGUUAUUAAAUAUGACAAAUGCACUACAGUGAGCAUGUCUCUCCAUCCAUUGCUGCCCCCAGUUAGUUCUGGUAAAACCCCUUUAGCUUCAAGAGAAACCAGCUUAUGACUCGUCUGCCGAGGCUGAGGUUCAUUUUACUCACAGUAAUAUCAGGGCAACCCGUGUCAUGGGUAUCACAACCAUUACCCGUAUCAGCAGCUUAUUUAGCCAAAAGACCUUUGCAUCUUUUUUGCUGAUCAUGUAUUUUCUGAAGCACAAAUGUUCUGAGCCCCACGAGUCCAUCAGGUGUGAGGCCAAAUAAGCAGUGAAGCACUCAGUGUGCAUCAGGUUAGCGCAGUGUAGAUCUACCAGCUGUCCCAAAAAUACGGAGACUCAACAUGAUUCCAAUAAUAUUAGACUGAAUUUUCAAUUUCCUAUUAUUUAAUCUAUAGCUUAGAACACCAGUUUAAAAAUAAUCCCUUCUGAUUCAGACUCAGAUGUUUCCCUCUUUCUUAUUCCUUUCUUAAAGGAAAUCAACGCAGUAUCUGUGAGCAACAACAGGACAGAUGAUAGCAAAGCUAACAAAUGUAGCUGAAUCCCACCAGAGGUCAGAUCUCAAGAUCUGUUCUGAGACUGCAUCCUGCGUGCUGCAGUUGGAUGUGUUCACACAAACAUAACUCAGAGUCUGUAGUCAAAGCAGAGCACUUCAUGCAGGAAGGAACAGGAAGAAUAACUACUGAGUCAAAGGCAGCCAGCUUUAGAGCACAGCACAUUUUUAAGUGCAGGGCUAAUACAGCUUGAUUGAGUGCGUGUGUGCCUCCACAGGCUUACAUUAGAAACCACUCGAGAUUAAUGCUCUGCUGGGAGAUGAGAUACUCUGGUGAAUCGGGAACUUUGUCGUUCCACGGGCUGAUGAGCCUGGACAAACCCACAGGGUUUUCCUUCCUCACUGGCUGUGUUAUUAAGUUUCUUCUCCAAAAGGGAUGCGGUGACACAGCGAGGCGCCUGCAGGCACUCACUGAAACAGUUGCAGGUGGGUGGUGGAUCUCUGGACUGUGGGGUUUGGGUGUAUAAUCAGAUCACUGCUGAUUCAGAGCACGCAGUUCUUCAGCAAAAGAAGAGUUCCUACAUUCUAGAGGAUGGUCAAGUGAGUAUGGCUCAGUGUUUGAGCAUGUUUAGAGACCUUUGGGCUUUGUGACCCAUUGCUACAUUACUCACUGCAGUUCCACCCACGGGCUUGGCAUUGAACAUUACACCUUCAUAAAUACUGUUUGCAUAUUAUCAACUCGAUAAAAGCCAGAAUGUAUUUGUACAGAGCUUUUACUUACUUUUCAUAGCACAAAGCAGCUGCUUCCACUUCCUUUUCCUUACUCUUUGUGCUCCGUCUGACGGAGGAAGAAAGAAGUCGUACCGAUAAAAACUGGCUCCACAGAAGACAGUGGAUUCCGCCUCUAAAGGUUUAAUACAGAAACCACGGCACAAAUGGGCCUCCACAUCACCAAGCACUCCAAAGUAAAACAAGCUAAUAUACUGAUGUUAGGACUCGAUUCGGCAGGGAAAUCUACUCUGCUGUACAAGUUCAAGUCUGAUGACGUUUUUGUAACGAUUCCAACAAUUGGCUUUAAUGUCGAUAUGAUCGAAACGGGGAAAGAUUUUACACUGACUUUUUGGGAUGUUGGAGGACAAGAGAAAAUGAGACAGCUUUGGUGCAAUUUCCUGGAGAAUGCAGAAGGACUCAUGUAUGUCGUGGACAGCGCUGAUAAGCAACGUCUAGAGGAAUCAAAGAAAGCAUUUGAACUCCUUUUAAAGAAUGAAUCCAUAAAAAACGUGCCGGUCGUCGUGCUAGCAAACAAGCAGGAUCUGCCCGGGGCUUUAAACGCUGAGGAAAUAACCAGGAGAUUCCACAUGAAGAAGUACUGCUGUGACAGAAAUUGGUACGUCCAGCCCUGCUGUGCCAUCACGGGAGAAGGUCUGUCAGAAGCUCUCCAAAGGCUGACUGCAUUUGCAAAACACUACAGCAGAUCAAAGGAGAUCUCUACAAGUUUUAAGCAAAAGGAAAAAAGUUAAGAAUUUAUGCCGUCAGAUUUUGGUGAAUAUGACUCAAAAUAUUUUAUAAGACUCAAAUAUUUGAUUCUGGAGGACUCAUUUAUAAGUAAAUAAAUAUUUAUAAUGCACUUGGACGAUUUUAAAUUAUGUUCUUAUACCUGCAGAUGCUUCUGAGAUACGGCUGCACUCCAUUUGAUUAGUGGCACCACACUCAGGGUUAUUCAGCUCAGACGUGUGUGCUGAAUGGUAAAAGAAGAGAGUUGACCACUUCAAUUUUUGUAGUUGCAAAGAAAAUAGGUGAGCAAUGCUUAAAAUGUUUACGCCAAGUAAUUCAUCAAACAGUAACAGAGCCAAGCAGUUCAUUCAGUAAGAAAAGCAAGAGAUAAGAUGUUGUUUCGUUAGAUGUACUCUGCUGAUGUGUUUGUUGCUUAUAGUUGUUUGUAGCCUAAGCUCUUAGCUAUGUGCAAAAAGAAAUGUAACAUUAUUCAGUAUUUGUUUGGAUACUAUUGCAUUCUAGGACCGAUUACUAUGAACAGAUUUUAACAAGCAGCAUCUGCUCCUGCAGAGGCACAGAUAAAUCUGCUUGUAAGGGGUCGGUCUGCUGUCACACUGUUACCCCCGUCCCUCUGCUGUUGUUUGGGGCUGCUGGUCAGCUCUUAGAAAUCGGGUCGGAUCCUGUCCUGCCUGUAGCAAAGCCACCUUAGAUUUUGUUACUGAGUAAUUUAGUUCUGAUUAAAUCUGACAUAAGAAGUGCAACAAAGUGCUGAUCCUGUUGCUACAGCUUGGGGAUUAAAAAAAAAAAAAUUGAAUGAAAUUUCUGUUGAGACUUCCUGAUUCAUGAAGGAGUGAAUUAGUAUUCUGAAUGCUUUAAAGCAACGAUGGAUUGUUAACUGGAAGACUAAUUGAACUGUAUCGACCGUGAAAACAGUUUAAAUGCUAAGAUGGAAAAGUUAAUAGAGCCUGUUUCUUCAUAAGGAAGUGAAAAGAGGCCGUUGGUUAUGUAGUUAUUGGUUAUACAGUCCCAGAACAUCCAGCCCAUCUAUUUCUGCCUUCUUGAGCCAUGUCUGCAGAGGUAGGAUGCUCCGGGGCUCAGGAUGUUUGCUUAGACACCUGGAUUUCUUCUCCCCUGCAUCUAUCACAAUCGCUGACCAUGUCCUUCAGUCACUCAGCAGCCCCUUGGCAAAAGGAAAAGCCGUGGCAAAGCUCAGCACGUGUGCCUGGUGUGCAAGAAGUUUGCAUUUCAUUCUUAGUAAUGAACAGGCAGGAAUUUCAAGUUGCAGAAGGGUGAAGAAGUAAGUAAAGCACCCAGCUGUACCCUGCUGUCUCAUGCAUGCGUUGUUCACAGACAAGAAGUCAUCAGGUGAAUUCACUGCAGUAGUGAACAAAGGAAGCUUUCUCAGCAGAAGCUGUUAUUAACACUGACAGCAAUUACUGUGGGCUACAUCCUGAGUCAUGUUGAGCCUACAUUUCCAAGAGCAGAGCAGGUCUGCAGACUCGACAUUGCCUGGGCUGUUCAUUUAGAGUCAGUGUAAAAUACCUUCUAGCACAGAAAAUAUUUCUGAUGAAUGAGCAACCACGGAAAUGUUGUUUUUCCAAACUCAACAGUUCAAUGUUAAAAAUGUAACAUUUCAGAUCAAUAAAUUUAUAAACAUUUGU